GAGCCAACAAAAACAAAAUCGGACCGAAAGUUCGUCAAAUCCGUCUUCCAUUUUUUUCUUCUUUUUGAUUACUGUCUCAGCCCUAGCUCCCACCAUCAAUAUCCGCCAUGACCAAGCAGCACGCUAACUGGUCUCCGUACGAUUUCAAUGGAGGAACCUGCGUGGCGAUCGCCGGAUCGGAUUACUGCGUAAUCGCCGCCGAUACUCGGAUGUCCACAGGAUACAAUAUUCUCAGUCGCGAUUACUCCAAAAUCCACAAACUAGCGGACAAAGCCGUGCUGGCUUCCUCGGGGUUUCAAGCUGAUGUGAAAGCUCUACAGAAGUUACUUAAAGCUAAACACUUGAUCUAUCAGCAUCAGCAUAACAAGCAGAUGAGCUGCCCUGCAAUGGCCCAGCUACUCUCCAACACUCUUUAUUACAAGCGGUUUUUCCCAUACUAUGCUUUCAAUGUUCUAGGUGGCCUUGACGAGGAAGGGAAGGGGUGUGUCUUCACCUAUGACGCUGUGGGAUCAUAUGAGAAGGUCGGAUACAGUGCUCAAGGCUCUGGCUCCACUCUCAUCAUGCCUUUCCUUGACAACCAAUUGAAAUCCCCAAGCCCUCUGCUACUGCCUGCCCAGGAUCCAAUCACACCCCUCUCGGAGUCUGAAGCAAUUGAUUUGGUCAAGACUGUCUUUGCUUCUGCAACUGAGAGAGACAUCUACACUGGAGACAAGCUGGAGAUUGUUGUCCUUAAAGCUGACGGUAUCCAUACUGAACUGAUGGAACUAAGGAAAGACUGAGAUCCUGCGCCUAAUUUAGCCUGUUGUGCUGUUUCAGUGUGAGCCGAGUUUGAGAACAUCUUUGUUGGAUUUUCUGUUGGUUGAAACAUUUAGGCUCCUAAGUAAACCACUCUGGACUGCUCUGUUACAAUUUAAUCAUGUUGCAAGAAUUGAUCGUCUUGCAGUUUAUGAA